UUGAUUCCACAAUGGAUCGGCAGAAAGCUGUGUGGAUUAUCUUUAUGCUGUCGACUGCUUUAUCUACGACUGCCGCCGUUUCAAGACCAAGGUGGCCUCCCUUCGCUCAACGGGCGUACUGUUCAUCACCUGGUGAAGUCCUCUGCAGCAGUGACUGUUCGCAGGUGCAGAUUUGUCUUGGCGACCUGGAAGAUGGAUACGAUCCUUGGCCAAUGAUAACAUGCAGUACAUCCAGUGGAAUGAAAUGCAGUGCGGUCAACAGAACGUGCGUCCCAGCGGAGCAGUCUGAUUGUAAGUCAGAUAUGGACCAAUUUCCAUGUAACGCCGUCGGAUCCUACCCUGACCCGUACGACUGUAAGAAGUACCACGUCUGCCUUAACAUCGGAGAGCCGGCGGACCUGGGAUAUUGCCCUGGUACCGACGAAGCCUAUAACCCUCUCACAGCAGACUGCACACUAACGACGUCAGACCGCGUCUGCACAGAAGGACCCGUCAAGCCCUGCAAUAUGUCGCUCGAGGUGGGCGUCGUCCCAGAGAACCAAAACAUCUACUACGUCUGCAAGCCCAACGGAAACGGCCUCGACCCGGUAAUGUACCGGUGUCCCGCUGGAAUGGUUUUCAACGUCACUCUUUAUUCCUGUGUAGAGCCCUCCAUAACACCACAACCUACCCAAACGGCUGCACCAUCAGUGACGCCUCCGUCAACGGCUGAAUCACCAGUGACGCCUUCGUCAACAGCUGCACCAACAGAGGCGCCUCCGUCAACGGCUGCACCAACAGAGACGCCUCCGUCAACGGCUGCACCACCAGUGACAUCUCAAUCUACUCAGUCUCCACCAUCACCAGGCGGCGAGUGCACUACGCCCGCAGAAUCCACUGCCAACCCAGAAGACUGCCACAGCUUUUACAAGUGCAAUGGCGAAACUUGGGUGCGCAUUGAGUGCAUUUAUGGAUACCACUACGACCCACAAGAAGAGACGUGCAUUUACGGGCCCUGCCCAGGGCGCAGAGGACUAGAACUGCUGAAAUAUUUCUAAGGUCUUGUCACCUACGAAGUGUAGAGGUACCCCUGCUUGAGUGAGGCUCCUUUAAUGCUGGGAGUGAAAUGAAAAAUGCACGACGGACGGUUCAAAAGCUUAUUUCAUCAAAAUAUUACGGAAAUUAGACAUAAUGUACAUGGAUUUAUAAUCUACCUUUACAUUAUUUUUGCUUCAGAGCAUACUUUACAUGGAGAAGAAAAAUUAAGGAUUUCUAUACAAGGAAUUUGUUACAGAUGGGAAGAGCAGGCAUUUAUGCCAAAUAUAAUGUUUCAUUCAAAAGAGAUGACGUACGAAAUCACUGAAAAGAACAAAUAUUUCAAGUUAGUGCAGACCUCUAUUGAUUUCCCAGGGUUUUCGUAUUAAAUUUCGAACGGAAGC